AUGUUAUGGCUGGUUAUUCUCAAGGAUGUGAGUGGCAAGACCAAGUUCAGGCCAGUAGUCUACCCCCAAAUUACGAAUCAGACCUUUAUCAAGCAGUAUGUGGAUGCCCACAACAAUCUCCGCUCUGAAGUCAACCCAACAGCUUCCAGCAUGCGAUACAUGACGUGGGAUCUAGCUUUAGCUCGGACAGCUAGAGCAUGGGGUCGGAGAUGUGUUUUUCUACAAAAUCAUUUUGGACUCCACAAUGAAGGUGGUCAUCCUGAUCCCAAAUUUAACCCUCCUGGAGAAAAUCUCUGGAUUGCAAAUGCUGGAAGAAAACCAUUUGAUCCUACUGGUUUCAUCACGUUAUGGUACUCAGAAGUUGCUUUCUACCAAUACCACAACAAUUCAUGUAAAGGCAAAUGUAGUCAUUAUACUCAGGUUGUUUGGGACACCUCUUAUAAGAUUGGUUGUGCUAUUGUUUUCUGCCGUAAACUGGGUCGACACAGAAAUAUUGAAAAUUUCGUGUGUAAUUAUGCUCCAAGAGGCAAUGCCCCAAGACAUCCUUAUAAAACAGGAGAGCCAUGUAGUGCAUGCCCAGAAGGAGACACUUGUGAAAAUAAUCUCUGUAGAAACCCUAAGAGAGAGAGAGAGAGAGUUGUCACAUGCCCUGCAGGAGUAAACAUAAAGGUGCCAUACUUGGUUGCUGAAUGUUAUCUCUCUUGGGCAAGCUAUACACGAUGGUUUCCACCCUGGGAAGGUCGGAUUGUAUGCGAUAAAUCCUGUGUUGCUGUUGCAGUUUUAAGGCCAUCAUUAAUGUUUCUAGCAUUUGGACUGCAAGCUGCACAGCCAAGCAAGCCAUGCAGCCUGGCAAUUCUUCCUUCUUCCACCACCCCUGGACAAGCUAGCAUGGGAAUCCCCACAGCUGGGAGUGGUUGGCUAACUGUGGGGGAUAGCCACCUUAAGGCAUUUGCUGUGAGCAAGGCUGCAGAGGUGAGCCCCAGCUACCUUCCUCCCCUUCAGGCGGAGGGCACCUUCUUCAUCUUUUUCCCGUUGCACAGCAGCGUUUUCUCCUAA